AUGGCUGCCAGCGGGUCUCACGUGCAAGUAAAAUUGUUCACUAAACAAUCUCAAUAUUCAGUUCCUGAUACACCAUUCUCUGUGCCUGACAAUGCCGGUCCAAAAGAACUUUGCUCUUUGAUCAAUGGCUUACUGAAAGAGAGUGCAACAUUUCUUUCUUCUCUAAUUGAUUUUGACUUCCUGAUCAAUGGAGAAUUCCUCAAUGUUUCACUGAAAAGCCAUAUCCAGGCAAAAAACAUUCCUGCUGAAACUGUUAUUGAAAUUGAAUACCUUGAGCAACACCCAGCACCACAGCCUGAAGACUCUUUGAUUCACAACGAUUGGAUCAGCUGCUUAGAAGGGAAUUUGCAAUUUAUACUUUCUGGUUGCUAUGACAACACUGUCCACCUCUGGACAACAAAAGGAGAAAGCCUGACCAUUAUUCCUGGGCAUUCGGCCCCAGUGAAAUGUGUUUCUUGGAUCAACCUCAGUGAAGACGAUCCAGUGAGUGAAUUCAUCAGCGGAUCUCAUGAUCAGACAUUGUUGCUUUGGAAAUGGCAUAGAGACACAAAUGAAGUGGAUUGUGUUUGUGUGUGUCGGGGACAUGCAGCCAGUGUUGACUGUGUCAGUGUAGAGAAAACUGGGAGGAAAAUUUGCAGUGGCUCAUGGGACAGUCUACUCAAGUUGUGGUCAACAGAUGCUGAUGCCAAUUGUGAUGUGCCCGAAAGUGAACAGAGGCCUUCAAAAAAGAAAAAAACUGCUGCACCCAAAAUUCAGUCACGUGUUCCUUUACUAACUUUGUCUGGACACACUGAAGGAAUCUCGUCAGUCAGCUGGUUGGACCAAACCACCGUUUGCUCAGCUUCCUGGGAUCAUACAAUCAAACUAUGGGACAUGGAAAAGGCUGAAGUGAAGUCGUCCAUUCAAGGUUCCAAAGUCUUUCUGGAUUUGUCAUAUUCUCCUCACAACCACUUAAUUGUCACUGGAUCUGCAGACAGACACAUCAGAUUGUGGGAUCACAGAACAUCAGAAGGUGCCAUUGUGAAAAGUUCGUUUACAUCUCAUCGUGGCUGGGUAUCUGGUGUUUCAUGGUCACCAAACAACAGCAAUCAUUUUAUAUCUGGCUCUUAUGAUAUGUUGAUGAAACUUUGGGACAUGAGAAGUCCCAAAGCUCCUUUGUACAAUAUGACUGGACACGAGGACAAAAUUCUGGCCGUUGACUGGUCAAUUCCAGACCUUCUUUUGUCAGGCGGAGCUGAUAACCACCUGAAGAUUUUCCAACAGAAAGAAUUGUCAGGUUAA